CCCGGGAGCAGCCGGGGGCCGCCCCCACAAUGCCGUGCGGCGCUGCCCGCUCAGCUCCGCCAUGGAGGCGGCCGCCGCCGCUGGCGCAGCCCCGCCGCCCGCCGCCGCCCGGCCCCGCAGCCCCUGAGCCCCGCGCACCUCUCGCGCUCCAGCAUGAGCGGCGGCGGCGGCGGCUCCUCGGCACCCGGCCGCUUCGCUGACUACUUCGUCAUCUGCGGGCUGGACACCGAGACCGGGCUGGAGCCGGACGAGCUCUCCGCUUUAUGCCAGUAUAUACAGGCCUCUAAAACCCGAGAUGGUGCCAGCCGUUUCAUUUCAAGUACAACAGAAGGGGAAAACUUUGAACAGACUCCGUUAAGACGCACAUUUAAGUCCAAAGUUCUUGCUCGCUAUCCUGAGAAUGUUGAAUGGAACCCUUUUGACCAGGAUGCAGUGGGAAUGCUGUGUAUGCCUAAAGGGCUUGCUUUCAAGACACAAGCAGAUUCUAGAGAACCUCAGUUCCACUCUUUUAUUAUUACUCGUGAAGAUGGCUCACGGACAUUUGGAUUUUCUCUCACAUUCUUUGAGGAAGUUACUAGCAAACAGAUCUGCAGUGCAAUGCAGACGUUGUAUCAUAUGCACAAUGCUGAAUACGACAUUCUUCAUACUCCACCCACAAAUGACAAAGAUAGCUGCAGCAGCACUGGGGACUGCAAUGGCACUUCUGUUUCAAAGCUACAGCGUUUUAACUCGUAUGACAUUAGCAGAGACACGCUCUAUGUCUCAAAGUGCAUUUGUCUGAUUACUCCAAUGUCUUUCAUGAAAGCUUGCAAGAAAGUACUAGAACAACUUCACCAAGCAGUGACUUCACCUCAGCCGCCACCUCUACCUUUAGAAAGCUACAUCUACAAUAUUCUCUAUGAGGUUCCUCUUCCUCCAGCAGGAAGGUCAUUAAAAUUUUCAGGUGUUUAUGGACCAAUUAUCUGCCAGAGGCCAAGCACCAAUGAACUGCCAUUAUUUGAUUUUCCAGUUAAAGAAGUUUUUGAAUUGCUUGGAGUAGAAAAUGUGGUUCAACUCUUUACCUGUGCCCUCUUGGAAUUUCAGAUACUGCUUUAUUCACAGCAUUAUCAGAGACUGAUGACUGUGGCAGAGACCAUCACAGCACUGAUGUUUCCAUUUCAGUGGCAGCAUGUGUAUGUUCCUAUCCUUCCAGCAUCCCUCCUUCAUUUUCUUGAUGCUCCCGUCCCUUACCUGAUGGGCUUGCACUCCAAUGGAUUGGAUGACAGGUCUAAGCUGGAACUGCCUCAGGAGGCUAACCUCUGCUUUGUGGAUAUAGACAACCAUUUCAUCGAGCUGCCAGAAGACUUGCCCCAGUUUCCAAACAAACUUGAGUUUGUUCAGGAAAUUUCAGAGAUACUAAUGGCAUUUGGAAUUCCACCGGAGGGAAACCUUCACUGUAGUGAAAGUGCCUCCAAGAUGAAGAGCCUCAGAGCAUGUGACCUAGUUUCUGAUAAAAGAAAUGGGAACAUAGCAGGAUCACCUUUGAAUUCCUAUGAGCUGCUAAAGGAAAAUGAGACCAUUGCAAGACUCCAAGCACUAGUUAAAAGAACAGGUGUGAGUCUAGAAAAGCUGGAGGUGCGAGAGGAGACCAGUAGCAAAAAGGAUCUUAAAAUUCAGUGUGAUGAAGAAGAAUUCAAGGUUUACCAGCUGAAUAUUCAAAUCCGUGAAAUUUUUGCCAACCGCUUUACACAAAUGUUUGCAGAUUAUGAAGUAUUUGUCAUUCAACCCAAUCAGGACAAGGAAUCUUGGUUUACAAACAGGGAACAGAUGCAAAACUUUGAUAAAGCAUCAUUCUUGUCAGACCAGCCUGAGCCUUACUUGCCUUUCCUCUCAAGAUUCCUGGAGACACAAAUGUUUGCAUCUUUUAUUGACAAUAAGAUUAUGUGCCAUGAUGAAGAUGAUAAAGACCCUGUUUUGAGAGUAUUUGAUUCUAGAGUGGACAAAAUUAGGCUGCUAAAUGUUAGAACACCAACUCUGCGCACAUCUAUGUAUCAAAAAUGCACAACCAUUGAUGAGGCUGAGAAAUCGAUUGAAUUAAGACUGGCAAAAAUAGAUCACACUGCAGUCCAUCCACACCUGCUGGACAUGAAGAUUGGACAAGGAAAGUAUGAACUUGGAUUUUUUCCCAAGCUUCAGUCUGAUGUUCUAUCUACCGGACCAGCAAGCAACAAGUGGACAAAGAGAAAUGCUCCUGCACAGUGGAGGCGGAAGGACAGACAAAAGCAACACACGGAGCACCUGCGUCUUGACAAUGAUCAGCGAGAGAAGUAUAUCCAAGAAGCUAGGAAUCUGGGCAGCACUAUUCGGCAGCCCAAGCUAUCUAACCUCUCUCCAUCAGUAAUUGCACAAACAAACUGGAAGUUUGUAGAAGGAUUGUUGAAGGAAUGCCGAAAUAAGACCAAGAGGAUGUUGGUUGAAAAAAUGGGGCGAGAAGCUGUGGAGCUGGGUCAUGGUGAAGUGAAUAUCACAGGUGUAGAAGAGAAUACCUUGAUAGCCAGUCUGUGUGACCUCUUAGAAAGGAUAUGGAGCCAUGGUCUGCAAGUCAAACAGGGAAAGUCUGCUUUGUGGUCUCAUCUGCUACAUUACCUUGAAAACAGACAGAGAAGAACUACAUCAGGCAGCUUCAGUAGCUCAGGAAUACUUCUUGAUUCAGAAAGGAGAAAGUCAGAUACCAGUCCAGCCAUGUCACCUCUUAGAAUCUCUCUCGUCCAGGAUAUGAGGCACAUCCAGAACAUCAGUGAGAUCAAAACAGAUGUUGGCAAGGCCAGAGCCUGGGUUCGUCUCUCUAUGGAAAAGAAGUUGCUGUCUAGGCAUCUAAAGCAGCUGCUUUCAGACCAUGAGCUCACAAAAAAACUCUACAAGCGUUAUGCAUUCCUCCGCUGUGAUGACGAGAAAGAACAAUUCUUAUAUCAUCUCCUGUCAUUCAACGCUGUUGAUUACUUCUGCUUUACCAAUGUUUUCACAACAAUCUUGAUACCAUACCAUAUAUUGAUUGUUCCUAGCAAGAAACUUGGUGGUUCAAUGUUUACAGCCAAUCCUUGGAUUUGUAUCUCAGGAGAACUGGGUGAAACAGGAGUCCUGCAGAUUCCCAGGAACAUACUAGAAAUGACUUUUGAGUGCCAGAACCUGGGAAAACUGACCACAGUGCAAAUAGGACAUGAUAACUCAGGGCUGUAUGCCAAAUGGCUAGUUGAAUAUGUUAUGGUCAGAAAUGAAGUAACAGGGCAUACUUACAAGUUUCCCUGUGGAAGGUGGCUUGGAAAGGGAAUGGAUGAUGGCAGCUUAGAAAGGAUCCUGGUGGGAGAGUUGCUGACUUCCAACACUGAGGUUGAUGAGCGGCAGUGUCGAACCCCUCCUUUGCAGCAGUCACCAAGCAUGAUCAGAAGAUUUGUCACUAUAUCACCAAACAAUAAGCCAAAGUUAAAUACUGGUCAGAUACAGGAAGCUAUUGGUGAAGCUGUCAAUGGUAUUGUCAAGCAUUUCCACAAGCCAGAGAAAGAGAGAGGUAGUCUGACGCUCUUGCUGUGUGGAGAAAGUGGACUUGUUUCAGCUCUUGAACAAGUGUUUCAGCAUGGAUUUAAAUCACCCAGGCUCUUCAAAAAUGUCUUUAUUUGGGACUUUUUAGAAAAAGCACAAACAUAUUAUGAGACCCUUGAGCAGAAUGAAAUGGUCCCAGAAGAGAACUGGCAGACAAGGGCCAGGAAUUUCUGUCGCUUUAUCACUGCUAUCAACAACACACCUAGAAACAUUGGAAAGGAUGGCAAGUUUCAGAUGCUGGUGUGUCUUGGAGCCAGAGACCACCUCUUGCAUCACUGGAUCGCCCUGCUUUCAGACUGCCCGAUCACAGCACAGAUGUAUGAAGACAUAGCACUAAUUAAGGAUCAUACUCUUGUGAAUUCUUUGAUUCGAGUGCUGCAGACCUUGCAGGAGUUCAACAUUACGCUGGAGGCAUCUCUUGUCAAAGGAAUUGAUAUAUGACCUCUUGUCCCACAACAAUGUUUAAAACAGUAACAACAAAAAAAGCAACAAGGAGUGAAUCACGUUAGUAUGCAAGAGUUCUGUCUGCCAGUACAUUGUAUCGUGAACUUGUUCAUGGCCCUAAAAUACAACUUUGACUUUUCUUGAAGAAAACUCCAAAAAUAGUACAGGCAAAUGGAUAGAAGCUGUAAACUCAAUGUAAAAAAGAGGAUUUUGGUAUAAAUCUAUUUUAGAGUUUAUUUGCUGAUUUGCUUUUUACACACUUUCAUGUGAAAGAGAUAGAGAUGAGUAUUGUGCAGCUUAUUUUAAAGCUGCAGUAUUUCCUUGCCAUAGAAAAUGUGCAGUGAGCCUUUCAGCAUUCUGUGAACUUGCCUUCAGAUAUGCUGUAUGUCAUAGACCCCAAUAUAUACACUCCAUUUCUGCUAAGAAGGUCAUUCUAUAGUUUUUAAACUAAUAUUUUAUAUAUUAACAUUAUUACCAAUGUUUGAUUUUUAACAUGUUGGGUCACUGUUCUGCUGCAAGGGAACUACAAAUUCUCAUGUGUGCUUUUUUAAUAGGUCCAAGGCACUGACUUGUCAACAAAUCAUGUUUUUUCCUUUAUUUUUGUUGUCAGUAUUAUUUUUAGUGAAUUCUGGGAGACUGAACCGUGAAAUGCGCAGAGAUUGAAGUAAUAUUUUUCAUAUUGGUACAUAAUUGCACAGAAGAAAUUAAGCGUCUUUUUUAACUGAUGUUUUUUAUUUAUUUAACCUAUCAUUGUGUUUUGUAAUUUUGUCUUUAAAGAAAAUAUUCUAUGAUACAACUGGCUAUAGUAUGUUGCAAUUCAGAAUUAACAGUGCAGCCCACUUAAAUCAAAAACCUGGAAUAAGUAUUUACGGUGCAAAAAUGUUUCCACUUGAACCAUCCUUUUGAAGUUCGAUAUACAGUUGCUGCUGGUAAUUCUCUUAACUGCUAAUAAAGAGGAACAUGGGCUUCCCAAAUGCUAGAUGAUUAAAGAAAGAUGUUUACGCCCCCACAAAAUAAUAAUGGCAAACCUUUAUUAGUUUGUUUAUAUCAGGAUUCUUAUUUUUUCUGAAAUUACAGGAAAUAAUAAGUUUUCUUUCCCUUUUGAAUGGAUAUAUCUGGAGUCCUGUUGUCACAGCCUGCUUCAUUUGGCAUGUUUUUGCUUUUAGCAGAAAGCUUUAGUCCACUUCUACAAUAAAACAAACAUUUUGAAAGUUUUAUUUAUUGAAGAGCUGGAAAUUGGUGAAUGCCUGAAGACAUCUCUGUUCAUUUGAAUCCCCUGAUAAAAAUCUCUUUGGAGUAUGUGAUUUAACAGGCUGAAUUAUCAGCAUCACAAAUUACUGCACAGAAAUUCAGGACUAUGUAUUUAAGAGGUCUCCACUGUAUAAACUUAUCUCAGUGUUGUCCUUCUUUCGAGAAACAGAGUCCAAGUUUUUCAGUUCAUACAAUGUUGUAGUAGCUUUUCUUUACCUACAGAUUAGUGACAUCUUGUUAGUUUCAUUUCCAUAACUUAAAAGUAUAGCACAUGUAUUAAAUCUUUGACUAUUUUUACUUUUGUCCUAUUUAUUUCAUUAUUAAAUGGAGAAGUUCCUUUAUCACUACUUUUUUAUCAGAGCCAGAUUUGCAUUAUAAAGAUGCAAAGGCAACGUCCAAGCCACUCCUUAGGCUGGGUGGAUGUGAAUUCUUUUGUAACAUGGGGCUUACAGUACCAUUUCAUGAAAGUAUUCUGUGUGCAGUUCUUUUCAGUCUUGGAAGGGCAAAAAUAUUCUUUAUUCUGAGAAUUUCAUGUAUUCAACUUAAUAUUUUGGGAGAAUCUUUCUACACUUGCCCCGCAUUUCUUAUUUAUAUAGUGGUUUUAUAUACAGUGCUUUCAGCUACAUUAUAAUGAUUCUAAGUAGGCCUGUAGGUUUCGCAGUAUGUCUGAUGAAAAGAGGGCUGGAUUAACCGUUUUGACCUUAUCAGAUUAGUUGAUCCCGUUAAAACCAUAUAUCUAUCCUAGAGCAAAUAUGGAUUAAUUUUAUCUUAUAUGAGGUAGUUAACCCUGAACUAGCUUUUUUUCCAUACUUGUUCACCUUAUGUGGCACAGUAAUAUUGUUUUGAUGGCUUGCUUUGAUGUCUAUCGUGCCUCAUUAUGGCAAUGAGAUACCUAGGAUGCACAUGGGUUAGGGUUUGCUCACGUGGUUCCCACAUGGUGGGUUCUUUUGGAUAGCACCUGAGAAUGAAGUGUCCAUCAGUGGUGGUACCCUGUGUGCUAGUUGUCCAGAUGCAAAGGAGAUUUUCUUCCUGGCUCCUCAGUUACUUUAUUUUCCACAGGAAAGACCAUUUCAUGGUAGACGCUUCCUCACAGGGGUGACUGUGCUUAAUCCCAGUAAAAUAUAAAGCACGUUUCUAGCUAUGGACUUCAGUGAAGCAAUUCCUUCUAGACUUGGAAGAACUGUAGAAGUUUCUGGAACGUAGCAGAAAAAAUACUGGUUUUGUUGGAUUCAGAGGCCACCAAGGAAGACAGACAUUUGAAUAUAGCUCUUUGUAGCCUAGGCUAAAGUUUUGGGAAGCGAAUUGGCUGGCAUCUCUUAAGUGCAGUUCGGUCUGUAGUAACAGCCAUAAUCCCUGUUGCUCUUUGGUGUUCACCACAAAUAAGCCUCCUUCUCUCAUUGAUGUAGCAUGAGUCCCACAGAAUCAUGUUUGGAUCCAGCAUUUAUUCUUUCCAUGUGAUUAUGCUGAAUUGGAUGACUCUUAUAUAAAGAAUGAGUGGUAUAGUCACAGUGUUUUAAUCUUUAACUAGGGCAUUGUAAAAUCCAUCUCCCUUCUUAAAAUUUGCAUUGCAUUUUUUGUUCGGAAAAGAGCUACAGUGUAAUGCAACCAUAACCUUUUUUCUGUUAGUGUUCUAAAAUAAGAAAGCAGGUUUGGGAGGUGUGGGUUAAUGUGGCUAUACUGAUUUUUAUUAUUAUUAUUGCAAUUAUUUGGAAAAUAUAAUGUUUUUUUAACUUAGCACUGAGUCACGUGAGCACACGUGUAAUCUGUAGGUGAUACAGAAAUAUAAUGAUAAAAAAAUAAGUAGUUCAUAAUGCAGUAAAUACAAUGCUACAUUGACCAAACAUGUUUACAGGCUGAUAUCUGAUGUGAGGAAAAAACAGGCUAUUGCCUAUCAAUUAUUUGUUUCUUUGAUUAAUGCUAUUGGAGUUGAUAUGAUACUUUAUACAAAAAUAAAAUGCAACUUAAUAAAGACUUGUUUGAAAUACUAUGAUAAGUUUAUACAAGAAAAAAAGCCUUUAUCUGCCAUAAACAUCUGACAUUCUGUAGCUGAAAACACACUAAUGAACUGAAGACUAUUCCACAACUUUUUCCAUUAUCAAGAGUAUUUUUCAAAUUGUUGAAGUGAGACCUACUAGCUGGAAGAUCCAUAUUUUUGAUGUGUUUUGAAUUCAUAAAUAUGUUAAGGUUUUGUUUCUGCAGUGAAAUUAUUCAAAGAAUUAACUUUUUCUGUAUAUUGUCAAAAGAUUGUUGUCCAUAGUGCAAGAUGCUAUAGGAUACUUGAAAAUACUUGAAGAUAUUGUACAUGUACUUCUCAUCUUUGUAGGUUUUUUAAUAUCUUUAGAUUGGCUGUUAGAAAAAGCAUCAAUACCUUAUAAACUAUAUAUUUUACUACGUGGGGAAAUCACUGGCUUGUUUUUUUUUUUUUAAGGGUGGGUGUUAAAGUUUACAUUAUGAUGAGAAAACCAGGUACUGUUUUCCUUUUCUAUUUUUCCUGUGACAUUUGAAUCCAUUGGACAUUAAAUGUGAAUUGGACAUACAAAACAGUUUUACAGGUGUAGCUCAUUUGCUGAAUUGCAAUAAAAUUUGUCUUCUAACAUGAGAAAUAGCAUUAAUGUGCUAUUUUCAAAAGCCUUUUAAUGUAAUGUGGCUAAUCAUCUUUUCCCUUUUGCCUGAAUGCAGGUACGUUUGGAAUUUUGAUGUCUGAUUUCAUGUGAAGUUCAUGAGAAGCCCAACUUCCAUUAUCUUCAGUUUAUGCUGUAAAAAUUAAGUUUAUGACAUUAUAGUCUUGUUUCUGUUUUGUUUUG